GUCCUUCACACAAGCGGCCAUUUUCUUGGUGUUCGUUAACAUGCCUUCGUAAAGAGGUUUAAUGUUAUUUCCCACCAAUAAGUGCUCGUUUCUCCAUGGCUUCUCCUGGUGAAGAUGAACAGUUUACCGAAGAAAGUACAAGUUCAUUUCAGUUUGGUCACAAUGAAAGGUCUUCUAAAAGUGAUGAACAAAAAUGUAUUUUCGAACUUGAAAGAGCAAUCGAGGCUAAAACGAAGGAGAAGAAUAGUCUACGGGAAAAGUUGCGUUCAAUCCUUCGACUGUCUGAACGUUUGGAUGCUUUACUACCGUUGAAAUUGGAGUCUAAAGAGAGGGAACUACGUCAUUUUCUGCUCCCUUCAGUGCCUCGUUCGAAUGCGUGUGACGUUGAUGCUAACAAAAGCCAGACCACUUCAGGCGGCUGUACAAUUAGUUCCAAUGUUCGCCCCGUUCCAUCCUUGGUUAGUGGGUUAACCAAGUCUGUAGAUAGUUUAUUGGGUCCUGCAAAUGCAGUGGCCCGUGCUACUAGUUCAAAAGGCGGGGCUCUUCUACCUACUCCUUAUCCUAAUCCUUCUCAGGCUAGUGGUAAAUCUGUUACCCAUAAUCGUGGUAUGCUACCGUCAGGAAUUCAUUCACAAUCCACCAAGGCUUCUGUAGACAAUGGACCAUAUAUUAAAGAUGUUCCAAAUUAUGCAGAUGUAUUAAUUGAUUCUUCUGUUAACUUGAUACUAUCUCGUUUACGCCGGACACAGUGUAAUUUUGAUAAACUUGUUGCAGCUAAUCAAUCGGAACUGCAGUCAUUUACUUUUACUCAAAACAGUCAAAAUGGAAAAAGAAUGAUGAUGCGUAUUCGUGUUCUUGAACAUGAAAAUGAAGAACUAGCAAAUGUCAAUCGUACUGGUCGAACUGCUCGGUUAGAAUCGGAAAUUUCUUUACGACGUGCAUUCGUAAAUGACUUGAAAAAUGCUCAUUCAGGCGCUUUUAUGAAAAGCCUACGACCUUUCGCUGCACAAGUUACAAAAAAGUACUAUAAAAGACGUCGUGGUGGUUGGCAAUAUGCGUUAAAGAGAAUGAACAUUAUUCGUAUGUCGAUCCCCAAGCUGCUAAAUUCUAACUGCCGAUCACGAAUCAACGAAGUGGACUAUCUGCAAUUCCUACUAAGUCAAAAUAUGUAUCGUAAUUGUGGUGUCAUCACAAUUCAAGAAUCGUGGUUAAAUGAUUUACAGAAUGACUGCCUAGUAUCACUACGUGACUUCAAAAUUUAUCGUCAGGAUCGAUCAAACAAUAAAAAGAGGUGUGGUGGCGGUGUAGCUACGUUUGUAAACACAAACUGGUGUCGAUCUUCGUUUGUGUGUUUUAAGUUUUCAAAUGAUUGUCUAACUCUAAGAUGUCAUCCAAAACAUCUGAAUAAAUACAAAUAUGUUUAUGUUACCAGUAUCUACGUUACUCCAGAUUGCACAUCAUCUGCACUAUCUGUUUUCGCUGAUGAAUUCACUGAGUUCGCUGUUACUGCCUUCAGUGAUUCACUUUCAGUUGUACGUGGUGAUUUCAAUUCAUUUGACUAUAGCUUCCUUAAGUCACUUGGUCACCAAAAUGUAGUAGAUUUUCCUACCCGUUUGGAUGCUCAUUUAGAUUUCGUCUUCAUUAAUGAUGUGGGUAUAUAUGCGACUCGUAAACGUGCUCCAUUGUCUAGCUUGGAUCACUGUAUAAUUCGUGUUCUACCUAGAUUAUAUGGAAAGCAUGGGAAGAGUACACUGUCACAUCAAACCAAGAAAGUCAAAUAUGGGAAUUACUCAGAAGAAAAUAUCCGAAAUCUGAAAAACAUGUUUCAUACGACUAACUGGGAAUUAUUUACAGAUGACUCACUGGAAAACACUACUGAUGUUAUAACUUGUUACCUUAAAUUCUGUUUUGAUAUUUGUUGUCCCACUGAAACCAUUUUUGUAAGUUUUGAUCAACUUACAUUUUCACAACUAAAACGAUUAAAGGAGAUGAAAGAAAGAAUGUACAAGGAGAAGAACUCUAAUGAGGUUCGUAAGCUAAAUGGUCUGAUAAACCUAGAGAUUAGACGUCUCAAUUCUAUGUUUACUCAAAAACUCUUGUCUUGCAAAAACUCUCCAAGUAUGUGGAAACUCUUUAAAGAACUUACAGGUGACAGACAGUUUAGAAGCGAUAACCAGCUGAAUGUUUGACUUAAAUAAGUCUUUUGUACGUCAGUCAUCUGAUGUGAUGCUCCCUCUAUCCACGGGUUUAAAUAAUAGCUGUGUUCCUACUUUCACUGAAACUGAUGUACGAAGAUGUCUCCAGUCACUUAAUUCAUCUCGAUGUUUGGGACCUGAUGGUAUCCCAAACGUCCUUUUUAUAAAGUGUGGUGACGUCCCAUGUUAUCCGUUCACGGCUAUCUUUAACAGAUCCUUCUCAUCUAAUCUCAUACCGAAAAUGUGGAGAAAGAUGAAGAUAAUUCCUGUACCCAAGAAAGCAUCUGGUGUUAAGAAUGUAAAAUUUAGACCUAUUGCAAUAACUUCACCCUUCCUCAAAACAAUGGAAAAAUUAUCAAUACUUCCACUUCAGCCUGCGAUAAAAGAGCAUAUUGAUCCAUAUCAGUUUGCUUACAGACGCAAAAGAAGCACUUUAUAUGCUGUUGCUGUUCUGCAUCACAACAGUGUUCAACUUAGAAAACGGUGAAAAGUAUGUUCGAUGUGCUUUUCUGGACUAUACUUCAGCUUUUGAUUCUAUACCAAGACAACGUUUACUUAACAAGUUAAUCAGCGUCAACACUGACAGCUGGAUAACCAACUGGCUGUGUUCCUACCUCUCCGGAAGGGAACAGUACACUGUGUUUGGAGGAAAGUGUUCAGAGUCUCUACUGUCUCAUGAAGGUGUACCACAAGGAGCUGUUCUUUCACCUCUUGUUUUGUCUUUUUCUGCAUGAUCUGCCAUCUUGCACAGAAAACACUUUUGUAAAAUAUGCGGAUGAUCUCACUGUAUGUAUGCCUAUCUCUUCCUCCUUACAUUCCAUAGAAAUGAAUGAGUUUUUGUCUCGUAUCGAUUGUUGGUCUGUUGAUAAUGGUCUCAUAUUUAUUCCGUCUAAAUGUCAAGCUUUAGCAUGAGACAUGAACGGCAUCUAACCACCAUUUUGAAAUCCCAUAAUGCUUGUGCCAUUGGAGACUCGUUGAUAAACACAGUGUCGAAGAUUAAUUAUCUUGGUGUCACCUUUUCCUCUGAUCUGUCUUGGUCUUCUCACGUUUUAUUGUUAUCAAAGAAGGUUUUCCGUCUGACCUACUACAUAAAGAGAUUGCAUACUCUUGGGAUUACUCGUCAUUUACUCUUACAAUUUGUCAAUUCUUGCAUAUUACCUAUUAUUUUUUAAUGUUCUCCAUUAUUCCUUCCCGGGCUUUUGAGAAAAGACUUUGCUGUAUUGCGAAGAGUGCUGAAGGCAGUUAGCAAGAUGUGUGGUGAAUCUUUCGAGGUCAUAAUUAAUGUGGUUGUGAACAGACAUCUAAAAUCAUGCAAACUCCCGACAGGUGUUAUUUUAUCAGAUACUAGCCAUCCCCUUCACUCUUAUCUUUCUCCUUGUAUAUCUUCUGGUAGAACGAGACGUAAUUACAUUAAAAUCCAUGCACGCAAGCAAAAGUAUAAAAGUUUUAUAAUACCUUACUUAGCAAAUAUACUCUGUGACGAACAGGUUGUUAGAGUUAACCUAGUCAAUAACCUGCAUUUUUAUCAUGUCUUUAAUUUUAAAAGUUGUACAGUUUUUCGUUUUUUUUAAAAACCUUUUUAUUUUUUUUGUAUUUGUUAUUGUGUUUUUUUUGUUGUUGUUGCGUAAGUAACUUGUUGAAAGACCCUGUGCUGAGAAUUCUAUAUUGUACCCAAAUAUAAUAUUGAAUAAACCGGCCUAUUCAU